AUGGAUCCUUCCCAUAUUGCAAAAAUGUUCAUGGAUUAUAUGAAUGAUGAUAUGGAUGAAGAACUUGUGAGAUUUUUUAUGGAAGAAGAAGCCUCGAGCUCUAUAAGGCCUACAUGUCAAAGAAGAAAUAUAGAGAGAAAUCGUGAAGAGGGACACGAUCGAUUGUUCAAGGAUUAUUUUUUAGAAACCCCGAUAUACACAAAUGAGCAAUUUCGUAAAAGGUAUCGAAUGCAUAAACAUGUGUUCAUUCGUAUUGUUGAAGCUCUAGGUCUACAUGAUGAGUAA